CUCCAUCAGUUCGUGAUAUUGUUGACUGCUUGUUCGAUCCCAUCUCAAUUAUAAGUUCCUUUAUUUUCCUAGGAAAGCACAGAGGUUUAUCUUUUCAAGCUUCAGUCUCCUAUACAACAAUUUUUUUCUCUAUACAAUGCUUUUUUAGUCCUUGCAUAUCUCAGGAACUAUAUAAAAUGUAUUAACGUAGGGCACAGAGACCUAUGCGGAUAGACAUUUCCAUCUAUUAUUGCAGUGAUGAAACGUUUUUUGUUUGACUGAAGGUAGAACACCAAGCGGAGGUUUUCGAUACGAAGAAGUUUUCCUCAAGGAUAUGUCCCAAUUUCGCGGAGCAAAUGGCUCGAGGAAUAAUCAGUUAUUCGUCAGGAGCAUGCUUAGAGACACCGCCCGGAUACAUUAAUUGCGGAGUAAAGACCUGGUUAAAACCUACUGAGCUGCGUAAAGUGCGGUUUUGCCUCAUCUGCUUUGCAUAACCUGAAGCAAUGAAACGAAUUUUUAAUUUCCUCCUCAAUAAUAUGAUACUCC